AUGUUGCGCGCGAUCCUCUACUUGCUCAUCGCUGCGGCGGCAGCUGAGCACGUCCGUGAGUUCACUGUCAAAGAAAAUGCCCGAGCUGGCACCCUCGUCGGCCAUCUAGGUGAUGAGCUUCCAGACGCGGCGCCUCCAUAUACUAUAGUGCCAGUACCAGGCAGUGCAGUCAACGAUGACCUCAAAAUAGACCCCCACACAGGGGAAAUAAGGACCAGACAUCCUUUAGACAGAGAAAACAGAGAUCACUACGCUCUGGUUGCCAUCCCCGCAAGCGGCGAUAACGUCCGAGUAGUAGUACGAGUAUCAGACGAGAAUGAUAACUCUCCUACGUUCCCUGCCCCGGUCAUGAAUGUAGAAUUCUCAGAAAAUACUCCUAGAGACGUGAAAAGAAAGCUCAAUCCAGCCAAAGAUCAGGAUUUAGGAGUAUUCAAUACCCAGAGGUAUAAUAUCGUUUCGGGAAACACAGAUAACGCCUUCAGACUGUCUUCUCAUAGAGAACGUGAUGGCGUACUUUAUCUGGAUCUCCAAAUUAAUGGUUUCCUUGAUAGAGAAACUACUGACCACUAUGAGUUGGUUAUAGAGGCAUUAGAUGGUGGUACACCGCCUUUGAGGGGAACGAUGACUGUAAAUAUUACUAUUUUAGAUGUAAAUGACAACCCACCGGUGUUUGCUGAAAGUGUGUAUUCAGCUAUGAUACCUGAAAACGCGACAGUAGGUACUGCUGUGCUAAAAGUAUUCGCAAUAGAUUCAGACGCGGGAGAGAAUGGUUUAAUAGAGUACUCAAUAAAUAGAAGACAAAGUGAUAAGGAGAAUAUGUUUAAGAUAGAUCCCGAGACGGGUGAGAUUACGGUAAAUAAGGCUUUAGAUUUUGAGACCAAAGAGUUGCAUGAGUUAGUUGUUGUUGCAAGAGAUAAAGGCGCACAACCUCUAGAGACAACUGCAUUUGUGUCCAUUCGUGUUACUGAUGUAAACGAUAACCAACCUACGAUAGAUGUGAUUUUCCUAAGUGACGACGCAACACCGAAAAUAUCUGAGUCAGCACAGCUAGACGAGUUUGUAGCAAGAAUAUCCGUACACGACCCAGAUUCUAAAACUGAAUACGCGAACGUUAACGUAACAUUAAGUGGUGGUGAUGGACAUUUUGAUUUGCGAACUCACGACAACAUUAUUUAUUUGGUCGUGGUGGCAUUACCGCUAGACAGAGAGUCACAGUCCUCAUACACACUGAAUGUAGUCGCAACCGAUAAAGGUUCACCACCUUUGCAUGCGUCACGAAUAAUCAGUCUUAAGGUGACUGAUGUUAAUGAUAACCCACCAGUGUUCCUCGAGAACGAAUACCAAACGAGUGUACCGGAAGCUGCAGCUCCUGGUACUCCAGUGAUUCAAGUAUCAGCCAGCGAUGUGGAUGAAGGAGAUAAUUCCGAUAUCAGGUAUUCCUUACUCCCCACACCGCAGUCUGACUGGUUUUCGAUCGACGAGCGUUCUGGUUUGGUAACAACACGUUCUCGUGUUGAUUGUGAAACGAAUCCGAUGCCGCGUUUGACAGUGGUUGCCAGUGACCGUGGCAACCCUCCUCUUUCCUCCACAGCGAUGUUAUUAGUGACAGUGUUGGAUGUGAAUGAUAACGAGCCGAUCUUCGAUCAGUCCUUCUACAACGUGACCGUCUCCGAGAAUGAAGCCGUCGGCAGCUGUAUUUUAAAGGUGGGUCCCGGCAUUAUAAAGUCUUCUUUUGAGGUACACAUACUUAAUAAUUCAUAA